UGAGCCCAAGAGACAUUUCCGCGGACUAAUCGGAGCUUUGUGUCUCCUCGUGCAUCACAAGAAACAAAACACCGAGCGAUCGUUGUUGUUUCCACAGAAGUUGAAACGCGACAGAAGAAACACGCUUCUUCUUCUUCUUCUUCUUCUUCCUCCUCCUGUGAGCCCGCACAUCCACUGAUCCAGUGAUCCUGACAUCAGAGAAACCUUUCACACCGGAAAACUGCUCCAGAGACACAGCGAAUCAACAUGACGACGCUGCUGGACCUGAAGAGCAGUGUGCUGCGGCAGGUGCAGAGGAGCCAGUCGUUGAGGAGCCGGAGGGAGCCGGCACCACCCACCGCUGGCAGCCCCCUUACACACAGUCCUGACCCCUUACCCCGCAGGAUUUCCGAGGAGAGCGCAGAGUUCUUUGAGCGUAUGAACGCUGUCCUUCAGAAACAGGAGAACAUGCUGCAGGCUGCCCAGGCUGAGUGCCAAAAAGGAGCCUGCACGGUGCCGCCGCCCCAAGAGCACGUGGACCAGGCCUUUAUCCCCGACAGAAUCAGCAGGACAGAGCUGGACCUGCUGUAUGAGGAGGCUGUGUACACGGUGGUCAAUCGGGUUGGAGUGCAUUCAACAGAACACGUGAAAAGUGACGAAGAACUGUUUACGUACCUGCCCAAGGUGUUCGAUAUGGGCGAAGAGGAACAUGACAUCAUUCUCCAGAAAGUUCAGGAAUCCAAGCGAGCCAAUUUUUCCUUGAGAGUUUCUGUUUUGAAAGCAAAGAGUCUGAUGGCCAAGGACGCAAAUGGGUACAGUGACCCCUACUGCAUGCUGGGAAUCCUGGUGGGCCAGAGCCCCCGGGAGGUGGAGGAGAAGAAGGAGAGGAAGUUCAGCUUCAGGAAGAGGAAGGAGAAGCUGGAGAAGCGCUCCAGCACCAAGGAGGUGCUACCCGCCAGGUGCAUCCACGUCACCGAGGUCAAACCAGAGACUCUCAACCCGGUGUGGGACGAGCACUUUGUGUUUGAAAUAGAUGAUGCUCACAAUGACCUCUUACAUCUGGACAUAUGGGAUCACGACGAUGACGUGUCUGUAGCUGAAGCCUGCAAGAAGCUCAAUGAAGUCAGUGGACUCAGAGGAAUGGGCAGGUAUUUCAAGCAGAUUGCCAAGUCCAUGCGUGCCAAUGGAUCUGCGUCAUCGGGCUCCGAGGAGAACGCCGAUGACUUCCUCGGAUGCAUCAACAUCCCUCUGAACGAGAUUCCUGUUGCAGGCUACGACACCUGGUUCAAGCUGGAGCCUCGGUCGAGUGCGUCUAAAGUUCAGGGAGAAUGUCACCUGAUGCUGAAGCUCUUCACCAGCCAGAGGGACACAACUUUGUCCAAGAAGGAAUCUAAUGUCUCUAUUCACAAGAAACUGCUGAGUCAGAUUGUGGAGUAUGAGCAUGCUCAUGUUAAGAAGGAGCCGUACAACUGGAACGGACAGGUUUGUCCUCCAGCAUGGACGGUGCUCACUCACCAUGCUGUGCAGACUGAUCUCUCACCUAUCCAACAGGCCAUUAUUCGCUGGCAGUGCUACAGCAGCCACCAUCGGACCCAGAGGGUGUGCUACUCCCUGCUGCUGCGCCUCCUGAGGACCAUCGAUGCAGAGUGGGACCCUCCCGCUGUGAGGGGAGACCUGGAGAGGCAGCUGUCAGACAGCUUCAGGCUGUACACAGAGCACUGCCUGUGCCUGAUGAAGAACAUGCGUCAGAUUUUCCCCUGCACCAGUGCUGCUGCCAUUACGCGCUACGAGCUUAUGCUGAGGGGGAUUGGCUACAUGCAAAACAUGCAGGCGUUUAAAACCGUAUGUCCUCUUCGAAAUGAACUGCAUCUGGACAUCACUACUGCUGUCAAGAAAGGAACGGCUGAGUGGUACGAGAGCUUAAUUGCACGUUAUAAACCAGAGGAUGGGACCCUGGAAGAGCAGCUGAAGAAGCUGGUUCAGGUGGUAGAUGCUGUGUGUGCAGACAUACAGAGGGCCCAGAAGAUCUACAACAAGCUCUUCUACAGUGCUGUGAAAGUAGAUUUCUUCAGCAUAUCAUACAGACAGCUGGAGAAACAGGUGGCGGAUGAUGUUAAUGUAGCAAUGGAGCGAGUGUGUGGGACUCUGGAGCAGGAGAACUCCAGACUGAGUCAAACAAUGGGAGAGACCAUCUUCGAGCUCUUCAUGUCCUUGAAAACCCUCAAAGGCUUUCGGGAGUUUCUUCCACUGAAGGACGCUAAAAUGUUGGCCUUGACGGGCUUCCAUAACUGGUUCAAGUCCUCGAUUCAUAAGUGGCUGCAGAUCGUUCACGACAGAUCCUGCGACAGGAUCCGUAAAGCAGUGGACACGGACCAACUGGAGCCCGUGCAGCAGGCCAAACACAGCUCCUCUCCCGUGGAAGUGACGACAUGCUUCAGCCAGGUACGAGAGAUCUGGCUCCAGCUGGCCUGGCCAGACUCCGCAGGCGCCUUCAUCUUUGUCACUCGUUUGACAGACAAUUUCUGCAGUGAGGCUGUGUGCUACUCAGAGAUGAUAACACGCAAGAUUGAGAGGAACCAGCUGGGCAAAGACCACAAGAGCUUCACAGUGCAGCUCUGCAUCGCCCUGAACAACAUGGAGCAUGUGCGCGUGUUCCUGGGUCGCCUGCCCCAUGACCUGGACUGGCAAGGUGUGGAGCGGGCCAUGGAGGAGUCCUGCGGGGCGGAGGGGAAGGAGCAGGUUUACAAGGCCCUCAACGGGCAGCUUUACAACAUGGACCUAGACCUGCAGAGAGAGGCCAAGCGUCUCAUCACGCUGCUCACUGACAAGAUGCUCCCUGAGCUGCGCAGAUACAUCCAGCACAUCAGCUUGUCUCCAGACUCCAUCAACAACGACGACGCUGUGUCACCUCUCAUGAAGUACUUACAAGACACGAUGUGCAUCCUCACUGAAAACCUCGUCAAGGAGAACCUGACGAGAGCUCUCCAAAGCAUGUGGGAGCUACUCCUGCGAAUGAUCCUGGACACAGUGACAGAAAACAGAGGCGUGCAGGUGGAGUUUUACAACCGCUUCCAGUACACAGUGGAGACUGCAUUGCAAUUCUUCUACGCUAAGGGACAGGGUCUUUCCCUGGAAGACAUGAAGAGCGGAGACUACAAGGUCCUGGACGAGGAGCUCAGGCUGAAUAAAUGUUCCUCCUUUGAGCUGAUUGAGCAGUACUAUCUGGAGAAGAUUUCCCACCAAAAAACACUCAAACACACCCGUUACGGUCGGAUCAGUGUGAAGUGCUAUUAUGACGCUCCGGAGCAGAGACUGACGGUGGAAAUUCUGCAUGCUGCAGAUAUCAUCGCACUGGAUGCCAAUGGUCUGAGCGACCCAUUCGUCAUAGUUGAGCUCUGUCCCCAUCACCUCUUCCCUAUGGCCAAGAGUCAACGCACGCAAGUGAAGCUCAAGACCCUCCACCCAGUGUUUGACGAAUUAUUUUACUUCCACGUCAGUCCUGAGCAGUACAGACACAGGUUUGCCUGUUUGACCUUCACUGUGAUGGACUAUGACUGGCUCUCCACCAACGACUUUGCCGGCGAAGCCAUGGCUCCUCUCAGCGACUUCUGUUGGCCGGGGAGACCGAACGCCUCACCUGCCGGCAAGAGUGUCCAGCCGGUCAUUUUGCACCUGUCUCGCAGUAAACCCAGUGAGAAGCCAAUCAUGAGGAUGCUGGAAGCGCGCAUCGGAGACAGAGAGGCUCAGGAGUUUGUCCGCAGGCUGAAGGAGAUUGAGAAGUCAAUGGAGGAGGAGUAGAAGCCGUCAGCGCUGCCUGCAUUGGUGUUUUCUGACCUCGUCUUGCAACCUGUGCUUUUGUACUGGUAUGAUGUUUACAAUAUUAGAUUUUUUUUCUCCAAUGUUAUUGUUUGUUCAGUAAUUAUACCAAAAUGAAAAGAGAAAAAAAUGGAAAACAGUGAAGUUUUCUUCCUAGGAAAAUGAACAUCCUGUCACUGUGCAACCCUAUGCUGUCUCACUUGAGCUAUAUUUUAGAAUUGAAUGGAUAGUUGAUCCUAAAUGUUACUAGUCUAUAUUUUUUGUAAUGAGGUAAUGUUAUCUUUGUUGUAUGAUCUUUGAUAUGAUAGAUUUAAGAUUUCAGAACUAUUUUGUGGAAGUAGCUUACAUAUCCAAUAGUAUUCAGUCAGAGUCUAAAUCUAUACCUCAGAUCUGCUCAUCAGUUGCAGGGGAGUUUAACAGGUGUCGAGACUUUUCAACAUUCUUCACAAACAUUGUGGGGAUAAAAUGCAUAAAUGGCUUAAUUAGGAUGUCCUGUAGUACCUAAUGUAGAUGAAGGGAAUCAUGGAGGAACAACGCGUAGCUUUGGGGUUUUUCACUUUAUUCUAAAGGUUGGUGUUUUCAGGCCGGUGUGACGGAUCGGCAGUAGGGAGCCCUGAGGCUGCCCUGAGACACACAAACACGCACAACUUACAUUUGUACGCCUCCAAUUCUGCCCUAAUUGAUAUUAUUGAGACAGCAGUUAA